UGCUUCCACAUUUCCUACUCACAACUGCCAAAUGGAAUCAUCAACUACACGGCAGCAGCCAUCCAUCUCCACCAAAUGGUGGUCCAAGGACACGGUGGCCAUUGUCACCGGUGCCAACAAGGGUAUCGGGUACGCGCUGGUUAAACGGUUUGCUAAGUUAGGGCUAACCGUUGUGCUAACCGCGAGAGAUGAGUCCAAAGGGUUAGAGGCCAUGGAAUCACUAAAGGUUCUUGGUCUCGACCAUAAUGUUCGUUUUUUCCAGCUUGACAUAUCCGACCCGAUCUCUAUUAGCUCAUUUGUUACUUGGUUUAGAUCCGGAUUCGACUCGUUUGAUAUUCUUGUGAACAAUGCAGCUAUAAGUUUCAACCCCAUGGGCGAGAACUCGAUGGCUUACGCCGAUACAGUGAUUGGCACUAAUUACUACGGAUCAAAACAGUUUACAGACGCCAUGUUGCCCCUUUUUCGUCGUUCGGCUUCCAUGAGCCGCAUACUCAACAUCAGUUCUCGUCUUGGAACAUUAGAUAAGCUGAAAAACACAAAAAUGAAGGCAAUACUCGGAGACAUAGAAAGACUGAGUGAACACCAAAUCGAAACGGUGGUGAAUGCGUUUCUACAAGACGUGGCGGAGCAACGCUGGAUGACGGCUGGGUGGCCGGAGAUAUGGACGGAUUAUUCCGUUUCUAAGCUCGCCUUAAAUGCAUAUUCUCAGGUUUUGGCUCGUAGGUAUGAAGGUUUGGUGAGCGUGAAUUGUUUCUGUCCUGGCUUCACUCAGACGUCCAUGACUGACGGCAAGGGCAACCACUCGGCUGAUGACGCUGCGACAAUGGCUGCAGCCAUCGCGCUGCUUCCACCGCGGUGUCUCACCACCGGGAAGUUUUACGCAGCGUCCACAACAAAUGGAGGGAUGAUAUCAAAACUGUAACAUGAAUACAUUUUUGUUUAUUUUUACUUUUACAAAAGGUUGAUGAAAUAUUUAAAAACUUCAUUUUUACUUUUACAAGAUGUAAUAUGUGUUUAAGAUUACUUUUAGACAUUUUUCAAAGAAGGUGGUAAGUUUGAAUC